AUGUUUGCAAGACAACUGAUAGUCCUUACAGGAUCUCCAAUCAUCCGUCACUACCAACAAACAAGGCCAUUCUCAUUACUAGCCUGGUUUAAAUCCUGGACCAACGCCGCUCAAUCCCAACGUUUAAUCUAUCCGCCACCCGCAUCUCAAUUCACAACCAAAAACAGGAUAAUCGACACCUACAUCACCCAAUCCCAAGAAAUAUACCCCUAUCUCUCAGUCAAACAACCUCUCCUCCUACAUUUCACCUAUGCGACUCCUCGUCAUAACAAAAUCACCCAAAGCUUGUUUGAUAUCUUGAGUAAUAAACAUAAUUAUCCCGAUGGAGCUGAAGAAGUGUAUUUGGUGAAUAUUUUGUGUGAUACUGAGGGUGGAAGGGAGUUGAUGAUGGAAUAUGUGGUGGGGCCGACUUUGCCGUGUAUUGUUGCUUUGAAGAAUCAGUUGGUGUAUGAUAAAUUUGUGAUUCGGGAUAUUAAGAAUUUUAAUGAGGAUGAGUUGGUGGAAUGGUUGCGAAAUUUGUGA